AACACCACACAAGCGUGUCUACCACCACACCACUGUGUGUACGUAGCCGGCCGGACCGACGAGUUGUAGUAGUAACCCGGCCGGCCAGGAGCUAGCUAGCUAGCUACUACCAUUACCACCUCCGAUCCUGUGCUGCCAUGGAGAAUCCCUACACGAGCUUCAUCAACAGCCAUCCCAGUCAGCACCACCACCACCGCUACUACUACCACCCCGCAGCGCCACCGGCGCCGGCGCCCACCGCCUACCCCUCCCUGCUGCCUUUCUUCGCUGCGCAUCAUCAGCCACCACCUGCGCCUGCUCCGACGCCGCCCUCGCCCCCGCUCCGGGAAGCCCUGCCGCUGCUCUCUCUAGCCCCCGCCCCGCCGCCCCCGCGCGGUAUCGGUAUCACGCGACAGCAGGACGAGAAGCGCCGCGGCCGCCGGGCACCGGCGUUGGAUUCUGAAGAGGACAAGGACGAGGGAGACGAGGAAGAAGAGGAGGACGAAGGCCCCACCGAGAGCGGGGGCAACCACGGCCAGCAGAAGCGCCUGGGACAGGGAGCGCUGUUCGCCGACCUGAACGCCAAGGCGGCGGGUGACGACCCGAUGGACGUGGAGGUGGAGGAGGCUGCCGACGGCUCCGGCUCCGGCUCCGCGGUGGGCGACGUGACUGUGGCGCUGCGCAUCGGCCUGCCGCUGCCGCUGCCGCCGGCACCUACUACUACUAGCACCGGCGCGGCCGACCUGCAGGUCUCGGACCUCCCCGCCGCCGGCGCCCGCAGGCAGCAGCACAACCACGACGACGGCGGCGAGGAGGAGGACGACGACAGGGAGAACGGUGGCGGCGAGGAGGAGGAAGAAGAGGAGGAGACUACCGCGGUGGCGGCGCCGCUAGGGUUCCCGUCCACGCCGAUCAUCGGGCGGCUCAACAUGGGGCAGUACUGGAUCCCGACGCCGUCGCAGAUCCUCAUCGGCCCCACGCAGUUUUCCUGCCCCGUCUGCUUCAAGACCUUCAACCGAUACAACAACAUGCAGAUGCACAUGUGGGGUCACGGGUCACAGUACCGCAAGGGCCCGGAGUCGCUGCGGGGCAUCCAGCCGACGGCGAUGCUGCGGCUGCCGUGCUACUGCUGCUCGCCGGGGUGCCGCAACAACAUCGACCACCCGCGCGCCAAGCCGCUCAAGGACUUCCGCACGCUGCAGACGCACUACAAGCGCAAGCACGGGCUCAAGCCCUUCCUCUGCCGCCGCUGCGGCAAGGCCUUCGCCGUCAAGGGCGACUGGCGCACGCACGAGAAGAACUGCGGCAGGCUCUGGUACUGCCUCUGCGGCUCCGAGUUCAAGCACAAGCGCUCGCUCAAGGACCACGCCCGCGCCUUCGGCCAUGGCCACGGCUUCGUCGUCGGCGCCGGCGCCGGCGCCGGCUGUGGCGGAGGACUCGACGACGAUGAUGACGGCGCGGUGUCCGACGUCGAUCAGCACGACGGGGCCACGGCGGCCAGCAGGUCGAUGUAACGCGAUCCAUGCCAUGCGCAUCUACAUAUAUAUAUAUAUGGAUCGAGCACUCUACGUACUAGCCGGCCGGCCGGCCGGCCGGCAGGUCGAUCUUAUAUACUACAUACUACAAAAGACCGUAUGAUCGACAGGCCGGCCGACCGGCGGUGCAAUGCAAGUGCAAAAGAAAAUCUGUUGUACUAGAGAUUAUCGAGCUCUUCUUUCAUUUCGCAGCUGCUGCAGCGCUGCUGUUAUCUUCUCUUUUUAUCUGCUCCGGCCGUGUCCUAGCUAAGUACUGCACACGGCUCAUCACUGGCACGAGAAAUCAAUCACGGGCAUGAAUAUUUCAACAGCUA